AUGCGCGGCAGCCGCAGCGCCUCUGGCUACCGCGGCUCCACCUUCGGCUCAGACGCCGUGCUGUUCAAGGAAGCUGAGCAGAGCUCAAGCGGCGGCGUGCGCGCGCUACGAGCAUGUGCAUGUCAUGCACAUGCACUGCAUGACCCAUGCGCGCUGGCUGGCAAGCAUGAUGACGACCUCGUGAUGGCAUGGACAAGGACUACGCCGGUCACGGGUCACCACGUGCCCAAUAGGCUGAAGCGCAACAGACGCUUCGACACGCAGCCGUUCGCCACCGUCUUCGUGCUCACAGACCCCAUAUACUGGGACGCAGUGCUGCCGAUCGUCAUGGACAUCUUGUGCUCGUCCUAG